AUGUUCUUGUUAAAGGUUGCCAGUGUAAUAGCAGUGCUUCAGAGUGUCCAAGGAGGCUAUAACUACUGGAAACCAGAUGUUAGGUUGGAAUUACCAAACAACCCAAACUCCGUACAACAAACGCAAAAUGGAUUCUCAAACCCACUCGAACAAAAGAUAUCCUCUUCAUUAUCGUACAAGGAUUAUAAUUUUGCGCAACAGCAGAAGUACAGUGAUAUAAGAAAUAAUAUUAAUAAUUACCAAGAUAAUAUUCUACAUCAUAACAAUAUAAUAAAUCCGGCUGAUCGGCAGUUUGGGCCAAUAGGAAAUGAAAUGAAUUCUAAUGUUUUUGCCGGUGAAGUUAACCGAUUUUUUAGUAGCAGCAACAAUGCGUAUAUGCCUUUAUUGGGUCAGGGUCAUGAAAUUCUCACACAUCAACCGCCAACAGCGAUAAAUGCGCAAAACGUUCAGAAUUUACAUUUGGUACCUAAUUUAAUUAACGCUAACAGCAACAUAGCUACAAAAUUUGGAUUGCAAAAUGUUAACGUGCAAAAUAAUUUACCAAUGAAUGUGAAUAAUCAACCACCAUGUAACUUAAGGCAAAAUAACCAAAAUUUAUUUGAAAAUACUGCUUCAUCAACAAGUUUUCAAAGUGACGUACCUGAAUAUUUAAAUUCACAGAGUGUUACAACUUAUCAAAAUAUAUACAACCCAAUUAAUACAAAUCCUAAAUCUUCUCUUGAUAAUCCAAAUACAUCUCCGAGUGCAUUACAGAGUUCACCAGUUGUAACGAAAAACAUAUAUUUUCACGCACCACCCCCCGAGUUUGACGAGACUCCAAUCGUACCCGCAACUGAGCCACCAAAAAAAACCUUUAAGAUCAUACUAAUAAAAUUGCCAAGUCAGUCUAGAAACACAGCAGCUUUAGAAACGGCAUAUAAUAAAUGGGGUGUUAGUGACGAUAAGACCUUGAUAUAUGUUUUAGUGAAUAAUCAGGAUAAAUCUCCUCAAGUACCAUCAUACAGACCCUCGGAACACGAAGUCCUAUUCGUUAAAUAUAAAGGAAAAGAUGACGAGUCGAAACUAUGA